CAGGGGCGAUGUUGAUGGCGAGGAUACCAGAGCGGAAACGAGAUGAGAAAUGGCGGAGACUCACGUGGGCUUUGAGCGGUGUGCUUGGAGCUAGCUUUGAAGGAAUGGAUCCUGAUCAUGAGAGCUUUGGGUGGAUACAACCGUCUGUUACACCAGAUGGUUUGAUGUGGGAAGGUCUACCGUAUGAACCUACGUGUACAGAGAAUUUGACCCCGUGGUUGGCCGUUUUGCCAUGCUCUGAUCGACUGGGAUUAGCUGCGGUUCUUAUGAAUGACGAAGCCUCCAAGAUAGCAUUUGCCGAGAGUGAGUUCUUCUCACUGGGAUUAUUGGCUUCGGUCACACCGAUCGAUACAGGGAGUUCCCGGAUGGAAAUGACCGCGCGCCUCGAAAUUCAGCUCCCGUCGAACUCCAUCGUAGCCCAACGACUCUUACGUGCGCAUUCUACGGGAGGUUACGCAGUGUGUCCAGCAGUAGAUGCAGAAAAUUCUAAAAUCAUCAAAAGUCGGGAACUUGCACCUCAACCGGUGUUAGUGAGGAGAUCGUUGCUGCGGAAAGAUGAAUAUCCAGAUCGCUUGCGAGCUGAGUACGCGCUCGAGAUUCGGAAUAUUCUGCGAGAUAAAACUGUUACGGUUACAGUGUUUGACCAAUUGCCGUUUUUUCUGCGGCCGUUGUGGUAUUCUGGUGGAAGACAAAUGUCGAAUUUGAAAGCGAAGGAGAGUUCAAAGAGGAGUGGUAUUGAAAUUAACCCAACGGACCACUGGACGCAGCCGACGAGGUUUCGAAUUGAGGUCGAGCUUUCGCCUGGCGAAAAGUGGCAAAUGACUGUACCAGUGUUGAAGUCUCACAUUCAUAUGAAGUCCUAUUCGUAUGCUUGUGAGAAAGGCUUUGAUAUUGAGGCUGCUAUGUAUGAAGUUCGAAUCGGCGAGAUGCGGAUUCAUCGAGGGUUUACCAACGGUCUGCUUGUGAUGCUGCCGAUGCCAGAUUUCAGCAUGCCCUUCAACGUCAUAGCCCUCAGCACAACAGUCCUCACUAUAUUUUUCAGUGGAACGUAUCGUGUUCUGGCUAAACGGAGAGUUCGGGAGAAGAGACAAUCAUAUGAGAAGGUCAAUUUGUUGAAAAGACUAAUGCGGA